GGAGUGGUGGCCUUAGGCAAGCCAUCGUCGAGGAGCCAAGGGGAAAGAAAGGGGGAAGGUGACGGCAGGAGAUAGAGUUCAACCAAUUAGUUCCAUAAUCCCUUGGUGAUGGCGCCGGUGGGUUUGCCACCCGGUUUUAGGUUUCACCCGACUGAUGAAGAGCUUGUAAACUACUACCUCAAGAGGAAGAUUCAUGGCCUCAAGAUCGAACUCGAUAUCAUCCCCGAGGUGGACUUAUAUAAGUGCGAACCGUGGGAACUUGCAGAAAAAUCAUUUUUACCGAGUAGAGAUCCCGAAUGGUACUUUUUUGGACCAAGGGAUCGAAAAUACCCUAACGGAUUUCGCACAAAUCGUGCAACAAGAGCAGGGUAUUGGAAGUCGACCGGAAAAGACCGGCGAGUUUGUCAUCAAAAUCGAGCCAUUGGCAUGAAGAAGACCCUAGUCUACUAUAGAGGUCGAGCUCCUCAAGGCAUGAGGACCGAUUGGGUCAUGCACGAGUAUCGCCUUGAUGACAAAGAGUGCGAGGACACAAUGGGCCUUCAGGAUUCAUAUGCGCUGUGUCGAGUGUUCAAGAAGAAUGUGGUGUCCGCCGACGUCGAGGAGAUUCAUGGCCAGUGCAGCUUGACGAGCAUGGUGGAAGCCUCCGGCGCCGCCAUGACUAGUGUCACCGCCACUACUGCAUCCGUUGGGUACGAGACAGCAUCGCCGAUCGACAUGCCGGUCGGAUCGUCCUCGUGCGCCGACGACGACGACAAAGACGACGCCUGGAUGCAGUUCAUCACCGACGACGCUUGGUGCUCAAAUCUAUCCAACGAGGCAGCCCAAGAACAACAGGCCGCUUCAUGUGUGGCUACUGUUAACUAAUAAUAUGAUUAAUUAAUUAAUUAUCAUGAGCUCUCUAAUUUCAUACUCUAUUAUAUCAAGAUUUGGGGAAUUAUUUUAAAUAAGAAAUGAAAUCAUUUUAAAUUAUUGUAUUUACUCAGCUUGUUUGAGUCCAUCGAUCACUGGGAUUUAUUUUUCUGUAAUUUUUUCUUUUGUUUGGUGGGUGAACAAAACUGUCGCAAUGUGGUGUAACUAAUAAAUCAAGUUAUAUAUAUUCUUUUCUUUAUAUGUAA